CCCUGUCUCUCUCUCUCUCUCUCUCUCUACACAACAUUUUCAUCUGUAAUUCUCUAUGCAAAUUCUCCAUUAUCAUUGAGAGAAUCCAACAGUUGUCUAACAAAUAUUCACAUUGCUUUCAAUACCCAUUCUAUCAAAUUCAACUCUCAUAAAUGGACAAUAUGUUUGUUCCUCCAUGGCUAGAACCAUUGUUAAGCACAGAUUUCUUCUCUCUGUGCCGAACACACAGAGAUUCAGCGAGGAGUGAAUGCAAUAUGUAUUGCUUAGAUUGCAAUGGCGACCCAUUUUGCUUCUAUUGCCGAUCAUCCAAACACAAGGAUCAUCAAGUCAUCCAGAUAAGGAGAUCUUCAUAUCAUGAUGUAGUGAGGGUUUCAGAGAUCCAAAAGGUCUUGGACAUAAGUGGAGUCCAGACGUAUGUGAUAAACAGUGCGAGAGUGAUGUUUCUGAAUGAGAGGCCUCAGCCUAAAUCUGGGAAAGGGGGAGUUCCUCACAUUUGUCAAAUCUGUGGGAGGAGCCUCUUGGACCCUUUUCUUUUCUGUUCUUUAGGGUGUAAACUCGUAGGAAUAAAGAGAAAUGGGGUUGCAAACUUUGUGUUAGAGGCCAAGAAUGAGUUAGGAAUGGGAAGAAAUGAAGGGGUAUCAAGAAGAGUGAUGUCAUCAAGAGAAGAAGAAGAAGAAUCAGAAGAAUUGCUUCAAGGUUCACAACAAGACAUGUACCCUUCCACGCCACCACCAUCUCGUUCUAAUUCAAGGAGAAGAAAAGGCAUUCCACAAAGGGCACCCUUUGGGUCCUAAUUAAUUGAGUGUAUAUAUAUAUACCUUUAAAAUCACUUUAUACAACUCAUUAUUAUUUGGUUUACAUACCCUUCUUUUGGGGGGGGUCACUGUCCCAAAACAUAUUGUAUUGGGGAGGAAGGGACGGGGUGUCCUAUAAACAAAAGGGUAUGUUUCCCUUUUGGGUGGAAAGAAGUUGAAACAAAUUCUUUGUGAAGAAGCAAUAAUGCAGUGUUGUGUUGCUGUUGAUAGUUUGUAAAGUUGUACAUGCAGCUAAGAAAUUAAAGGCAAGGUCUUUAGGGGGUUGGAGUUUGUAGUUUUCUUGGGCCCACUAGACCACAUGGGCCUUUACAUAAAGAACCAACAUUUUUUUGUUUUCUUAAUAUUUUGUAAUGGGGCAAAUCAACUUUCUAUUAUUGUUACCUGGCUCAGAUUUGGGUCAAUGAAAAUAAUUGUGGUUCUUUCAUUG